CGCCGGGAAAUAAGCAUCCGCCAUUCAUACGAGUCGAUUCCGUUGUUUCUGUGUGUUGAGCCUGGUUCGACGACGGGACAUGGUGACGGUAAUAUUUGUGGUCCCUGAGAAAAACAUGAGCCGAUUCAACUAGCGACGUUUAAAUAAGGUGACGCGAAAAAUGCGUUGAUAGAACAUCGUAAACUGUUGUACUGAACCGCUGCUUAAUCCGUAGGCAUUGUUAGCUCGAGUUUAGUAAUAAUAUUGCUGCAGUUUUACCCACGCGAGAGAAAACGAGCUGAAAACCUGCUGCCAAGUGUUGUGUGAGAAAAUUGAUACGACGAAAAAUGCUCGUCAAAUAAUAUAAAUCUGGAUUGAUACGGCUGAAAACAGCGAACCACUAUAGUGAGAGAGAGAGCAACAGACUAUGGGGGCAUUUUUAGAUAAACCGCAAACAGACAAGUACAAUGAGCAUGGGGCUGGGAACGGUUUGCGAUAUGGAGUCGCCAGCAUGCAGGGCUGGCGGGUUGAGAUGGAGGAUGCUCACAGAGCCAUAACCGGUCUUGAGGGUGGCUUGUCGGACUGGAGUUACUUCGCAGUGUUCGAUGGUCACGCAGGUGCUCUUGUGUCUGCGCACAGCGCGGAGCAUUUGUUAGAGUCAAUAAUGCAAACGGAGGAGUUUAAGGCGGAGGAUGUAAUAAAGGGUAUUCACUCAGGCUUUUUGAGAUUAGACGACCGAAUGCGAGACUUGCCUGAGAUGAUUACAGAUAAGUCUGGCUCGACGGCUGUUUGUGCUUUCAUUUCUCCCAGGCAAAUUUACAUCGCAAACUGCGGAGAUUCAAGGGCUGUACUGUGCCGAUCUGGUAAUCCAGUGUUCUCAACCAGAGACCACAAGCCUGUUUUACCUGCUGAGAAGGAAAGAAUCCAAAAAGCUGGAGGGAGCGUCAUGAUCCAGCGAGUUAACGGAUCGCUCGCUGUUUCUAGAGCCUUAGGAGAUUACGAGUACAAAAAUGUCGAGGGUCGUGGCCCAUGCGAACAGCUAGUCUCACCCGAACCUGAAAUAUUUGUCAGGGAAAGAGACGACGUCAAUGACGAAUUCCUGGUUUUGGCAUGCGACGGGAUUUGGGAUGUUAUGACCAACGAGGAUCUCUGUGAUUUCAUUCGUUCUAGGCUACUCUUGACUGACGAUUUGGAAGCAGUCACCAACCAAGUCAUAGAUACCUGCCUAUAUAAGGGUAGCCGAGACAACAUGAGCAUAGUUUUGGUAACGUUACCUGGUGCCCCGAAGCCAAGCGCAGAGGCACAGAAGAAAGAAGCUGAAUUGGAAAUGGCCAUUGAAAGGAGGAUCAAAGAAAUAGUAACGCAGCAGGAGGGCCAGGAUGGAAUCGAUUUCCCACAGCUGCUCCAACAUCUUAUAGACCAGGAAAUGCCCAAUCUUCCACCCGGAGGUGGUCUUCCUGCCAAGCGACCAUUCAUCGAACAGGUGUUCCGGGAAGUUUGCCCCAGCAGGGCGAACAGUGUAAGUCUUGGAUACGAUUUGCCUUCAUAUUAACUAACCCACGACUCUUAUUCCGUGACCCACACACAUAUACACACACCAAACGUACAAUUAUUACCCAUUUCACACAUCAAUAUUCAUUCUUUAUAUUCAUUCAAGUACAAUAAAACAUAAAACAGUGGAAUUUGUUCUUCGCUGAAUUCAUAUACGCAUGCAUAAAUAAAUACCAUUUGUCAACCAAAAAAAAAAGUAUGAAAAAUCUGCCGUUACAUCACAGAUAAUAGUGAUUCAUAUGUGACCCAAUUUCGAUCAGGUGAGGCGUUGAAUGGUAAGAAAAUUCCCUGUGGGAUGCGAUGUUGUGCUAAACUUUACUAAAUGAAAAUGAACAUAAACAAUUAAAAAUAAUUAAAUUAUUUGAAAAAAAAAAAGAAAAAAAAAACAAUAUGAUAAUACUCAGGGAAUGUCACUACUUUUUGAAAGAUAUAAUAUAUUUGAUACCCUUAGUGUGAAAUAGUUAGGCUAAAUAACUGUUGCAGCAUUAUAACGUAUGAGUAUCGGCGGCAGAUUUUAUCAUUAAUUAAAAAAAGAACAGUUAUAGAAAGAAAGAAAAAACAUAGAGUGCGAGCACUUUAGGAAUUAUUCUACAAUGAAAUGGAGUAAUUUUCAAAGUGAAAUUAAACACUGUGUCCAUUCAUUCAUUCGCUCAUGUCAUUUCAUUUCAUUUCAUUUCGUCGUAUACCUAUACUAUAUAAAGGCAAAUUCAGAAUCAAUAAUAAAUUGUACAUAAAUUACAUCAUAUUUGUUCUUAACAUAGACCGGAUUGAGCAUUUUUACAACCUUUAAAUACGAGUAAAUUUAUCGAUAUUGAGCUCUAUUAUUUUCUAACGGCUAUUGAUUCUGGUAAUGUUGUGUGGCAUUUAAAGCAAACAAAAAAAAAUAGACAACAGUGGCUCUUUUCCUAUCGAAUAUGGCAAACAACAAGUAAUGCAUGGAUCAAUACUAUAUUUCUUUUUAUUUUCAUCUGUUUAUUUUUCUGUUAUUGUUAAGCUCACCUUGACUAAUGUCUUAACCUUGUCUCAGUCAGUUGCAACGAAAAUGUAUUUUUCUUAUACCACGUAUUCGUGCGCAUAUAUAUUUUCAGAUACUUGGAAAACUUUAGAUAACUGUUUAGUUACUGAUUUUUAAAACUGCGUUAAAAGUAUCUCUCCAUAGUCUGAGGAAUGAUUAUUCUUAACAAAUUCGGACAGAAUACAUUUUCUUGUAACUAUGCUACUGCGAGUUCUGAAAAACUAAAUAAGCGAGGAAAAAAUUUGAUACUGAUACAAAAUUAGAAUUAUCAUUAAGCGACAAUUGGUAAUAGAGGUUUUACUGCAAAGUGCCAUGUCGCAGCAGAUGAGUUGUUAGAACUUUACAACAGACUCUGCUAAAGGCAAAUCAUGAACGAUAUUGAUAUUCCUAAUUUUUACCUAAUACUGGUACCCAUUAUUGGAUUUUAUACAAUUUCCUCCCAUAUAUCUAAAGGAAUAAACAAGAAAUGAAGAUAUAUUCAAAUUAUUAUGCAGGGUUUUGCCAAAUAUUGUAUUGUGUCUAUGAGUCAUACUUUCUUAUAAUUUUUAUUAGCGUGAGUUAUGCCAUCCUUGAGAUUUUCCACACGAGUCAAUGACUCGAGAUUGCUUGAUCUCUUGAUUGUACGAAUGAAUUCUGAUGAUUAGCCCUGAAAUCCCAAUCUCACGAUAAAUGUGCCAACAAUUUCAGAUUUUUUAAACAUCACUUUGUUUUAUAUUAUUGCUAUUCAAGUAGAAAAGAACGUCGUUAAUAUGUAGCAUAUUAUUUUGAAAGUUUCACAUGACUAUAUAUUUGUUGACUUAUCCGCAGUGAAUAAGAGACUAUUUGGUCUAGAAAUGAUGUUGGCAAAGAUGGGAAAUAUUUAAAAAGUCUAGAUUUCUAUUUGAUAAGUUGUUAACACAAUAGAAUAUUUUUAUGGCACCCUCUGCUGUGUUGAAAUGCGUAAUAUUACAAUAUAAUAAUUAUAUAUUUUUGUAGUUUUAGAGGACUCGUGCUCAGAAUAUUAAAUCAUGACUGGUCAAUUUUCUCAGCUAUAAAAACAAGCAAUCAAAAAAAAAAAAAAGAAGUUAUGAAAAAAAAAUAAGAAUAAAAUGUUACGUAAAAAAUGUCUUACUUUAGGCAAUCUUAUGAUUUGUGAGGGUUCAUUUUAAAAUGAGCUUGUACUUACUUAUUUACUUACUUACUGGACAAAUUGGCCGAAAGCUUUAAAAAAAAAAAAAAGAAAAACAAGAGCAGUCCUGUAUAUAAUAUUUAGAAUCGGUGUCUAUGGAUAUCUGUACUGAUGUUAUGUUUAUGCAAUAUUGGAAAUCUGUCAAUAAUAUUAUAGCAGCAAAGAAGGCCUUGAUUAUGAUUCCAUGUAUACGAUUUUAGGAACUCUUAUCUGCUCACGUAUUAAAAAUGAUCUCAUAUUAUGUUUGGUAUCAUAUAUUUGUAUCUGGAUUCGUAGUCAAAACUGAAAACUCCCCAUUCAUACUAUUCCAUUGUAAAAGUUGGCCAAAUUUUUUCUAGAAUCACCUUGAUCGUAUUUCUGAAACAAAUCGUAUGGCUCAACUGCAUGCAUUUAACGUCAUAUUCAAUCAAGAUUUAUUCCAAGUUGAUCAAGAAACGAAUAACAUAGGUUUAAACUUGUUUCUCCUCAUUAAAUACCGAUUUCAAUAUCGCGUUACUUUUAAAACCGAAAUCAUUGCGAAAUUAAAGCAAUCUGGUUACAGCGGCAGUGUAAAAUAUUUACAAAUAUUGUAAUUAUUAUUUGAAUAAUCACAUUUCGCUGUUAUAACGCAAGUCGAAGAUCAACAUUUGUCGCAAUAUGACUUUUUGUGACAGAUAUUUUAAAACUAGUUAUUGACCAAUUACUUUGUAAUACACGUUGCGACUCGAAUUUCCUACCCUUCACGAUUUGAUCUUUAACGAAAAUGGAAAUCAAGGCCUUCGCCGAAUUUUAUCAAUGUAGCACACACAUACCAAAGUAUAUUAUUGCCCCUCCUCCCCCCAGUAGUGAAAAUAAUAAUAAGAGAAGUAGCAAAGCUUAGCAUUUCACUGUCUUUUGGAAAUAAGAAUUGUAGAA